AUGAGGCCUGGGACGGCGCCGAGGCCGCCGGCGCUGCUGCUCCUGCUCCUGCUGGUGCUCCUGGUGGCGGCGCGCGCGGCCGGCAAGGGCUGUGUCUGUAAAGACAAAGGCCAGUGCUUCUGUGAUGGGGCCAAAGGGAAGAAGGGGGAGAAAGGCUUUCCAGGACCUCCUGGGCCUCCCGGCCAGAAGGGAUUCCCAGGUCCUGAAGGCCUGCCUGGACCACAGGGACCAAAGGGCUCUCCAGGACCUCCAGGACUCACUGGUCCCAAAGGCAUGAGGGGAAUAACUGGAUUACCAGGAUUUUCAGGUCCUCCUGGACUUCCAGGCAUCCCAGGCCAUCCUGGACCUUAUGGACCUGCCGGUUUGCCAGGAUGCAAUGGUUCUAAGGGUGAGCAAGGGUUUCCAGGACUUCGGGGGACACCAGGCUACCCAGGCAUCCCGGGUGCUGUUGGUUUGAAAGGAGAAAAGGGCGCUCCUGCUGAAGGAAUAGGUGUAGACCUUGAUGGGAAAGGUGACCCUGGGUUACCAGGAGCUCCAGGAUUCCAGGGUUUGCCAGGCCUUCCAGGUUUUCCUGGACCUCUUGGCCCACCAGGCCCUCCAGGAUUCUUUGGCUUUCCAGGAACCAUGGGACCUCUCGGACCUAAGGGUCACAUGGGCGACAACAUGAUAGGACAAAAAGGAGAGCAGGGUGUGAAAGGAUUAACAGGACCACCUGGGCCACCAGGAACAGUUAUCGUGACACUAACCAGCCCGGAUAACAGAACGGACCUCAAGGGGGAGAAGGGAGACUGGGGAGCCAUGGGCCAGUCGGGACCCCCUGGACCCUCAGGGCUGCCUGGAGAAUCUUAUGGAUCAGAAAAAGGUGCUCCGGGAGAACCAGGCCCACUGGGAAAGCCUGGAAAAGAUGGUGCCCCCGGUUUCCCUGGCACUGAGGGAGCCAAAGGCAAUAAGGGUUUCCCUGGGUUAAGGGGUGAAGAUGGCAUUAAGGGGUGGAAAGGAGACAUGGGCCCUCCAGGAUUUCGUGGUCCAACAGAAUAUUAUGAUGUAUACCAGGAAAAAGGAGAUGAAGGAAUUCCAGGCCCACCAGGGCCCAAGGGAGCUCGUGGCCUACAGGGUCCCAGUGGUCCCCCCGGAGCCCCUGGAAGUCCUGGGUCAUCAAGGCCUGGCCUCCAAGGAGCCCCUGGAGUACCAGGCUUAAAAGGAAGUAAAGGGGAGCGAGGACCCCUGGGAAAGAAUGCAACGGGGCCUCCCGGAGCCCCUGGCUAUCCUGGUUCGCCAGGCCCUACAGGGUUGCCGGGACCUCCAGGACCACCAGGUGGUAUUGUUUUUCGCAAAGGUCUACCUGGAGACAGUGGACUUCCAGGCCACAUAGGGUCUCCAGGAAUCCCAGGAGCCGACGGGCCCAAAGGGGAGCCAGGCCUCUUGUGCACAGAGUGUCCUUAUGUCCCGGGGCUUUCGGGCACGCCAGGAUUGCCGGGGUUAGAUGGCAUAAAAGGAUUCCCAGGAGAACAAGGGGCAGCUGGCAUUAAAGGAAGCCCAGGGUCCCCAGGAAGUGCUGGUCUUCCAGGAUUUCCGGGAUUCCCAGGUGCUCAGGGUCUCCCAGGACUUAAAGGAGAAAAAGGUGAAGCCUCUCAGCCAGAGGGCCAAGUGGGUGCCCCGGGGGAUCCAGGGCUCCGAGGACAGCCUGGAAGAAAGGGCUUGGAUGGAAUUCCUGGAACUCCGGGAGUAAAAGGAUUAUCAGGACCUAAAGGAGAACCGGCCCUGAGUGGUGAGAAGGGAGACCAGGGUCUUCCAGGGGAUCCUGGCACCCCUGGGUACCCAGGACCCACAGGACCAGCUGGACCAUCAGACUAUGGACCACGGGGAGAGCCUGGUCCAAAGGGCACCCAAGGACUUCCUGGAGCCCCUGGACUGCCUGGAGAAGCCGGUCCUAAGGGAGACAUCGGUGUUUUGACACCAGUUCCAGGGCCCCCAGGACCUCCUGGGCCCCCAGGCCAUGCUGGCCCCCAAGGUCCACCCGGCAUCCCUGGAUCCACAGGAAAAUGUGAUCUGGGUUUUCCUGGGCCUGAUGGUGAACCAGGAAUUUCAGGAAUCGGAUUCCCUGGGCCUCCUGGACCUAAGGGAGACCAAGGUUUUCCAGGAACAAAAGGAUCACCAGGCUGUCCUGGAGAAAUGGGGAAGUCAGGGUUACCUGGAAAGCCAGGCCUCCCAGGAGUCAAGGGAGAACCAGGACUAGCCAUGCCUGGAGAACCAGGAGCACCGGGUUUUCCAGGAGAAAGAGGCAACUCUGGGGAAAAUGGAGAAAUUGGACUCCCUGGACUUCCGGGUCUCCCUGGAAUUCCAGGAACUGGAGGGCUUGAUGGAUCACAAGGGGAUCCAGGGCAGCCUGGACCACCUGGAGAAAGAGGUCCCCCAGGAAGGUGCACAGAAGGCCCCAGGGGAGUUCAAGGACUUCCAGGCUUAAAUGGAUUGAAAGGGCAACAAGGCAGAAGAGGCGAAACAGGGCCAAAGGGAGAUCCGGGCAUUCCAGGCUUGGAUAGGUCAGGAUUUCCCGGAGAACCUGGACCACAAGGAAUACCAGGUCAUCAAGGGGAGAUGGGACCACCUGGUCCAAAAGGAUACCCAGGAAAUCCAGGAUUUUUAGGGCCACCAGGUGAAAAAGGAAUGAUUGGGAUGAUGGGGACUCCCGGAAACAUUGGCCCUCCGGGGCCUCCUGGGAACCCAGGCACCCCGGGACAGAGGGGGAGCUUUGGAAUUCCAGGAGUAAAGGGCGAGAAAGGACCCCCAGGAGCCAAAGGGGCCCAAGGAGAUAAAGGAACUCCUGGGUCUCCUGGACUAUUCUGCUCAGUAGGGGACAAAGGGGAACCAGGAACCAAAGGACUUGCAGGGAAGCCUGGUGAGAAAGGAAACAGAGGCAUUCCAGGGUUACCAGGUUUCAAAGGACUCCAAGGGCUACUUGGACCACCAGGACCACCAGGCCCCAGAGGAGAUCCGGGCAGCAUUGGGAACCCUGGUGAGCCAGGAUCACAUGGUGUACCGGGAAGCAUGGGAAACUUAGGGGUGCCAGGUACUAAAGGAAUGGAGGGAACUAUGGGAUUCCCAGGUCUAGCUGGAAGACCAGGCCUCCCAGGUAUUCAUGGUCUGCAAGGAGAUAAGGGAGAGCCAGGUUAUUCAGAAGGUACAAGGCCAGGACCACCGGGAACAAAGGGCGAUCCAGGAUUGCCAGGUGACAUGGGAAAGAAAGGAGAAAGAGGGCCACCUGGUGCACCUGGACGUUUGGGGCCCGCUGGACUGGAGGGAGUUCCUGGGAGUCCUGGAAGCCCUGGCCACCCAGGAAAGACCGGUCCUGAUGGUGAUUUGGGGUCUAAAGGAGUCAAAGGUUUCCCUGGCUCUCCAGGAAUAAGAGGCCUUCCAGGCCCUCCAGGAUUCCCAGGAAAUCCUGGACCAGUGGGUGAGAGAGGUAAUCAAGGACGUGAUGGAAUUCCUGGUCCCCUGGGAGAAAAAGGAGAAACAGGUUUGCUGGGGGCACUUCCAGGCCCAAGAGGGAAACCUGGUCCUCAUGGAGCCAAAGGAGACAGGGGAGCCCCAGGCUUGCCCGGCCUCCCUGGCAGGGAAGGGCCAGUGGGAGAUGCUGGGCCCCAAGGGCCCAUUGGCAUGACAGGACCUCAAGGGCCACCAGGCUUUCCUGGUUCACUCAUCCCCGGCCGAAAAGGAGAUCGAGGUCCACCUGGCUCAAGAGGAAACCCAGGUGAGCCUGGCCCCCCCGGACCUCCAGGGAGUCCCGUAGAAGGCAUAAAAGGAGACAAGGGAUUUAUGGGCCAGCCUGGCCCAGGAGGUCCACCUGGAACUGUAGGAGACAUGGGGCCACUGGGUCAUCCGGGAGCACCAGGUGCCCAAGGUCUGCCAGGGGUCAGAGGUGAUCCUGGAUUCUAUGGAUUUCCAGGCAUGAAAGGGGAGAAGGGUAAUUCAGGAUUUCUGGGACCAAGUGGACCUCCAGGGCAAACUGGACCAAAAGGACCACCUGGUGUACGUGGAGACCCUGGCACAGUGAAGAUCAUCUCCCUUCCAGGAAGCCCAGGCCCACCUGGCCCAGCUGGAGAACCAGGGAUGCAAGGAGAACCUGGGCCCCUGGGGCCACCGGGAAACCCAGGACCCUGUGGGCCAAGAGGUAAACCAGGCAAGGAUGGACUACCAGGAACUCCUGGACCAGUUGGAGAAAAAGGCAACAAAGGUUGUAAAGGAGAGCAAGGACCACCUGGAUCUGACGGCCUGCCAGGCCUGAAGGGGAAACCUGGAGACACGGGACCACCGGCAAGGGGAGCAAUGAUGAGGGGCUUUGUCUUCACUCGGCACAGCCAGACCACGGCAAUUCCCUCCUGUCCAGAAGGGACAGAGCCCCUCUACAGCGGGUUCUCUCUUCUCUUUGUGCAAGGAAACGAACAAUCCCAUGGACAGGACCUGGGAACUCUCGGCAGCUGCCUGCAGAGAUUUACCACAAUGCCAUUCUUGUUCUGCAAUAUCAACAAUGUAUGUAAUUUUGCAUCUCGAAAUGAUUAUUCAUACUGGCUGUCAACACCAGCUCUGAUGCCAAUGGACAUGGCUCCAAUUACUGGCAGGGCCCUGGAGCCUUACAUUAGCAGAUGCAUGGUCUGUGAAGGUCCUGCGAUGGCCAUAGCUGUGCAUAGCCAAACCACGGAUAUUCCCUCUUGUCCCCCAAGCUGGAUUUCUCUCUGGAAAGGAUUUUCUUUCAUCAUGUUCACAAGCGCAGGUUCGGAGGGCACGGGGCAAGCACUGGCAUCCCCCGGCUCCUGCUUAGAAGAAUUCCGGGCCAGCCCAUUUAUAGAAUGCCAUGGAAGAGGGACGUGCAACUACUAUUCAAAUUCCUACAGUUUCUGGCUGGCUUCAUUAGACCCCCAAAGAAUGUUCAGAAAACCUAUUCCAUCAACUGUGAAAGCUGGGGAGUUAGAAAGGAUAAUAAGUCGCUGUCAGGUGUGCAUGAAGAGGAGACAAUGAAGAAAUAAAGAGAAAAUAGAACUGUGACUUUUCAUCCUAAAUAAUCAAGCAAUGAUGAAGAACAAGCAUUUAUUUAAAUAUUUUUCUCUAACUGAAUAAUAUCGCCCUAUGAUGGCUUAGUACAAAGUUUCUAUUUGUUUCCCCACACAACAAAGAAUUCUUUUAAGUUAGUUCUGUGAUACUGGUCUCUAAAUCUGUACUGUGUCAAAGUUUGCCUUAUACUAAGACUUUUUUUGCUCUAAAAAUACCCUGCUCUCUUAAAUGUACUAUAAUGGCAUAGAGCUAGCUGCUCUCCACAAACCCUGUGUAGGUCAGCAAUUCUCAAAAUGUGGUCCCUGGACCAGCAGCAUCAGCAGCAUCUGGGUACUUGUCAUAAAUGCAAAUUCUAGCGCUCACCCUAGACUUUUAGAAUCAGAAACUCUGGGGGUAAGGCCCAGAAAUCUGUAUUUUAACAAGUCCUCCAGAUGAUUUCUGAUUGAGAAGAACUGCUCUAGGCACCCAAGAAACAAUUCUACAGACAGUUACUGGGUACAAUGGCUACUACUGCUCCCUCCAUACCUCUCUUUAAAAGUCCAAAAUCACAGACGACCUUAAGGUCAUCUAAUUUUGCUAAUAAGUAAAAGUCCUAUAUUGGUGCUAAUGCCAAAUGACUGGCCUGUGCUUGUCCCCAAGCCUCCAUCUUUUCUUGCCCUCUUAUCAGUGUUUAACUUCUGAGGAAGACAAGUGAUGCUAAAGCCUUAAAUUCCAAUGAAGCCAUAUUAACAGUUGCUCAGUUCCGCUUCUAAAACUGAACAUUAAAACGUAGUUCAUAUGCAUUACUUUCCAGAUACCUAUCAGUAGUUUAUAAGGUUGUGAAGAUUUAACUUUGUAGAUAA